GAGAGCAAGGAAGGAAGCGUCGCUCCCCAUCAACGGGCCGUGAUCAUGCAGUCAGUGGCGCUCCUCCUCAUAAUAAUGGGACUAGUGGAUCUGAGCUUGGGUCAGCAUCACAGCCAGUUCCAAUGGCUGUCCCGUCUGCGAGGGCGGCGUCGGCAUGCCAGUUUGCAGGCCGAUGACACGGACUGUCCCCUGGAGUGUGACUGCCCCUCGGCCUUUGUUACAGCUAUGUACUGUCACAAUCGCAACCUUCAGCAUGUUCCCUACGUGCCCUCACAUAUGAAGUAUGUCUACCUGCAGCAUAACCAAAUCACAGGCAUCCAGGACGGAGUGUUUGACAACGCUACCAACUUGGUCUGGGUCGUGUUGUUCGGCAACCAGCUCAGCUCGGACAAAAUUGGCAAGAACGUCUUCAGCAAGCUCAAGAAGCUGAAUCGGCUUCUUUUGGAUCACAACGAGCUCACCCACGUUCCUCCUAACUUGCCCAAGUCUCUCACUGACCUGCGGCUCGGUCACAACAAGAUCUCAAAAAUCCUCCCCGGCUCGUUUGAGGGCAUGGUCGACCUCACUACCCUUCACCUCCAAGCAAACGCCAUAGACAACGCCCAAGGUGUGUCCAAGGGACUGAAGUCUCUGACCGUGCUGGAUAUGAGGAAAAACAAGCUGAGGGAAAUUCCUGACGACCUCCCCGAGAUGCUGCAGCAGCUCUACCUGGAGUUUAAUGACAUCGAGAGUGUGCCGGCGGGCUUUUUCACCAGCCAUCCCACACUGCAGUUUGUCCGCUUGGCUCAUAACAAGUUGACAGAUAAAGGACUUCCAUCCAGCGUCUUCAACGUCAGCACACUCAUCGAGCUUGACCUGUCCUUUAAUAAACUGGAGAAGAUCCCUGUUGUCAGUAGGAACCUGCAGAACCUUUAUUUACAAGCCAAUGAAAUCAAAGAGUUCUCCCUGCGCAGCUUCUGCGGCGCAAUCGACAUGACCAACUUCUCCAGGCUGAGGAUGCUGCGCCUGGACGCCAACGAAAUAAGUGCCAGAGACAUUCCUGCCGAAGCGGCCUACUGUUUGCGGCGCGUCGCCUUCAUUGACGUGUAGAUCGCGGAUGAGUCUCGACUUAUCUUAUCUA